AUGAACUACCAAGAUGCUUACAUUCAAGACAAGAAGAGAAAGUUGUCUCAAGAAAUGGACCAGGAAACCAUUAAGGAGACGCUCUUGAAUGUUGAGCAAAAACAAGAUGUGGAGAUGUUGAUUGCUGAGACUAACGCCGAUAUCGAAAAUAUUGCAGAGCACGCGCAAAACUUGCAUACUGCGACUAUUGAAGAGUUGGAGAGGAAAAACAGGGCAUUGAUUGUUAUUGAAGAGUUUUUACAAAAUGAAAACGCCGAGUUGAAGAAGAGCUUUAGAGAAAUGGAAAAGGAGAACCAAGCUUUGAAAAAUGUUUUAAAGAACGAUUUCCAUUCAAACUACAAAUAUAUUAACAAAUCAUACAUUUGA